CGUUCAUUCCAUUUCGCAACCGCCUACUUUUCAAUUCUGCCGGUCAGUGACCAAACUACGUGUAUUCCGAAGGUUUAGGCACGCUGUGGAUUAAAUACGUGCAUUAGAAUUAUUUUGUGUUCAUAUGAAGUUAAAAAGUGUGUAGUUUAUUGUUUUUAAUUGUGUUUUACAAGAUAGGAAAAGGAACCGGUGAAAAUGUUUAAAUUUAUUAAGGGAAAGCCUCACCAAACAGCAGAAAGGCACAAGCUACAAAAGGAGCUAUUUUCGUAUCGCAGGACUGUACAGCAUGGGUUUCCCCAUAAACCGACAGCCUUGGCGUGGGACCCAUCCCUUCGGCUGCUUUCAAUUGGAACAGCCACUGGUGCAAUCAAAGUUCUUGGUCAACCAGGUGUGGAAUUUUAUGGACAACAUCAAAACCCCAUAGCCGUAACGAAAUUAAUAUUUUUACCAGGAAAGGGGAAGGUAGUCAGUUUGCAAGAUGACAAUUCAUUGCAUUUGUGGGAGGUUAACAAAAGUUCAUUGGUAGAAGUUAAAUCCCAGUCGUUGGAAGGAAAGUUGAAAACUAUUAGUACCGUAUGUUUGGAAUCGACAGGAGAGCACCUGUUGCUUGGAACAGAAGGUGGCAACAUCUACCUAUUAGAACUAAAUACGUUUACUAUGACGCCAGAUAUAAUUUACCAAGAUGUUGUUAUGCACAAUGUGCCUCAAAAUUACAAGUUAAAUCCUGGUCCCGUGGAAUCAAUCAUCGAACAGCCUGACCAGCCUAACAACAUCCUCAUAGGUUACAACAGAGGACUGAUUGUCUUUUGGAACAAGGCGGAAAAUGCGUCUACUAAAGUAUUUAUUUCCAAUCAGCAACUGGAAUGUUUGUGUUGGAAGAGCGACCAUAUCUUCCUUAGUAGUCACAACGACGGCAGCUAUAUGGAAUGGGAUGUCAACCAGCCUGACAAACCCUGCGGUGAACCAGUAUCUACGUACGGUCCAUACGCUUGCAAGGCUAUCCCGAAAAUCAUUUCACGCGACUUGAAUGGAAAAGAAUUGUUGGUAUUUUCAGGCGGGUUGCCUAGAGGAAACUAUGGUGACAAAUACGCCGUGUCCGUUAUCCAUGGAGAUAAUCAUGUAGCAUUUGAUUUUACUAGUAAGGUCAUAGACUUUUUGUUAGUUGAAUCAAAAUUGGAUGAAAACGAAGACGAAGAAAAAGAAGAAAACAACGAAAUUGUCAUUUCCAACGAUGACAGGGCUAAGCAGCAACCGGACGUUCUUAUCGUGUUGGCCGAGGAGGAAUUGGUUGUUAUUGAUUUGUCCAGUAAAGACUGGAAAAUGAUGAACCUGCCUUAUUUGGUUGCGUUACAUUCUUCGGCGGUGACUUGCAGCCAAUACGUAUCAGGUAUACCAGAGGAAUUAUGGGAACAUCUCAGAGACGCUGGCCGUGCUCAAACCAGCCAUUUGUAUUCGGAAAGAGAAUGGCCUAUAGAUGGUGGAAAACUAUUGUGUUCAAAGGGUGCACAACCCAGAAGGGAACUUUUGCUAACUGGUCACGAAGAUGGUACUGUUAGAUUCUGGGAUGCUGGAGGAGUUACUUUGACAUUAAUAUACAAAUUUAGUUCAGCACAGUUCUUUACCGGCGACGAAUCGGAUGAGAGUCCUGUCAAUCAAGACCAGGAUGAGGAAGAGUGGCCGCCAUUUAGGAAAAUUGGUGUUUUUGAUCCUUAUUCAGAUGAUCCUAGAUUAGCUAUCAAGAGAGUUGCGAUGUGUCCACUUUCUGGUACUCUGGUAGUAGCUGGAACUGCUGGCCAAGUCAUCAUUGCCAAAUUCGACACGGAAGUUUUAGAUGGACCAUUAAAAGUUACCACGAUGAACAUCGUCAGUGAUCGGGACGGUUUUGUAUGGAAGGGACAUAGUCAGUUAGCACCAAAAACAAGUAAUAUUCACCAAGUUAGAGGCUUCCAAACUACGGGUAUUUUACAGCUACAUCCACCUGCCGCAGUUACUUGUGUCAUUUUACACGCAGAUUGGGGUUUGGUCGCAGCAGGCACUGCCCACGGUUUAGCUCUUAUGGACUACAUAAAGAACAAACCCGUUGUUGUCAAAUGUACCUUAAAUCCAAAUGAUCUCACUGGCCAAGGAGACGCUCCUAUCACAAGACGAAAAUCGUUCAAAAAAUCUUUGAGGGAGUCUUUUAGGAGAUUAAGAAAAGGCAGAUCGACAAGGAGAAACACGAACAAAGAUGAUAAACCGACACCUCCAGUUAACUCUCCCCCAGUAAGAAAACCUCCAACCACAAAUACUGAAGAAGGUGGAGACUUUAACCCUCUGGAAGCUAAACCUGUUGAAAGACAGAUCGAAGCCAGACCUGCUGACGAUUCUAUGGGUUCAUUCGUCAGAUGUCUGUACUUUGCCAGAACCUUCCUUGUUAAUGUACAAAACACUAUUCCAACCCUUUGGGCUGGAACAAACAAUGGGACGGUUUAUGCCUUCACCAUAUUAGUACCAUCGACGUCAAAACGAGAAACUGACGAUGUAUCCUGUCAUCUGGCGAAAGAAAUUCAACUAAAACACAGGGCGCCUGUAAUAGGCAUAGCCGUACUUGACGGAUCCAGUAAACCACUGCCUGAGCCUCUGGAAGUCGAGAAAGGAGUAGCACCACUUCCAGACACAACGCAAGCACACAGGGUGAUCAUCGCAUCGGAAGAACAGUUCAAAAUCUUUACUUUGCCAUCUCUAAAACCUUACGGAAAGUACAAACUUACUGCACAUGAAGGAGCCAGAGUAAGACGGAUGGCAUUUGCGUCAUUUGGAUGCACCUUACCAGAGGAUAACUCCGCCUAUUCCGAAGUGGACCUCCUGUGCCUUACCAAUAUGGGCGACUGUCUAGUUCUGACCAUUCCAGAUUUAAAACGGCAACUGAAUUCCGCUGCUAUAAAACGAGAAGAUAUUAAUGGAAUAUCUUCCUUGGUUUUCACGAAGCAAGCUGAAGCUUUAUACCUUCAUUCUUCCUCGGAAUUGCAGAGGAUAUCUUUGUCGGCCACACAAGCCACAUAUCCCAGAUGUUAUUUGCCUAUUCCGGAAAGUACGAACGAAGAUGAGACUUUAACAGGCAGCAACGAAAUUAUUAACACUGAAGAAGCGACAGAGCCCCCUUUAGUUAAUGGUGCUAUGCAGAAAAGUAACAGUACCUUGGAGAAGGUAGAUGAAGUACCAGAAAAUGGCAACGACAGUCCGCUCAACGUGACAGUGGCAAGCAGCGUCGGCGAUAUCACAAUUGACAGUGUUAAAGACCAUUUGGGCUCUGGCGAAGGUGAGAUUACCAUUACGAAAAUUACCACAACGACUGUGACGACAUCAUCAAGUACAGAGCAAGAAAAUAUCAUAGAGAAUCACGUCACAGGAGCAGGAAUACCGUUGGAGAUUAGGAAAAUUCAAGUGAGUGACCUUUUGCUUCGAGCGCCUUUAGCUUUGGCUGAAGAGGACACAGAGACAAAUCAUAUUUCAAACUGAUAUACGCUACAUCCGAAACAGUGAUCGGUGAUCGCUAAGAUGUGCUGAGACGCGGCAUCAUUGCUAUUUUCUAUCACAUAAAAUAUAUAUGUAACUCCAUCAACAACAGAACAUCAAUUGAAUUUUUCGAUUUGUUUAAUUUUUUCUAUUCGUAACUUUUAAUUAAGAGUAAAUUAAUUUUGAAACGGACAAAAGUAAGAUUUAAAAAAAUAUGGUAUUUUUAAUUUUUAUAGUAUUAUUUAUGAGAUCAGUAUUUCGUAUUUUAUUCUUGUAGCAUUAAUGUGUGUCAUAAAAAAUUGUAGUGUACAUAUAUAGUAAUUUAUAUCUUUUUUCUUGAUAUACAAACGUUAAUGAUACCAAUAUAAUGUUUUUUAUAGUUAUAUAUUUUAAUAAAUGGUGCUACAUUUAUAAAAAAAAUAUAUUUUGUAAGACAAAAUUAAGUUAGGUACAUUACUACUUAUAUAUGUUUAAAAAAUGGUCCGAUAUAAGUUGAAUAAGUAUUUUAUAAGAACAUCUAUGAUUCUUAUUGAUAUUCUUACUUUCCUUCUAUUCUUUAGUCAUUGUUUCUACCCUUACUGUGACGUGGUCUUCAUUUGAUCACACUAUAGUUUUUUGCAAUUAUUAUUUUAUAUUAUUAAAAAUGUCUGGAUCUUAGCACCAAUUGAGUAUUCGUUUUGUACUUAUUAGUUUUUAGGCACAAAUAUUGGGACCAUGUAUGAUUUUCGGAUAUACGAAAUACUGUUCAAAAAAAAAUCUAAAUAUACACUCAGAUGCAAAAAAACGCUGAAAAUUUUUUUGUCAAAUUUAAAGUGUUAUAUUUUUGUUAUUUUUAGCCCUAUUUUCAUG